GGCAACCGGAAGUGCGAUUGGUGCGGCGGUGGUGACGCAGCGCUCAUUGAAGAGUGCUUCACGCGCUUCAGCAGUAGCUCAAUCGGUUGUGCUCGAGUGAAAAUGGCCUCGUCCUUCUGGAAAGGUGUUGUCGGUGUGGGCCUUUUCGCUCUGGCACACGCAGCGUUUUCCGCGGCGCAGCACCGAUCCUACAUGCGACUGACAGAAAAAGAGAACGAAACAUUACCCAUAGAUAUAGUGUUACAGACUUUGUUAUCGUUUGUGAUCACGUGUUACGGCAUAGUUCACAUCUCAGGUGAAUUCAAAGACAUGGAUGCUGCUUCAGAGCUCAAAAACAAGACAUUUGACACAUUGAGAAAUCACCCGUCAUUCUACCUGUUCAAUCACCGAGGCCGAGUGCUCUUCUGCCCUCCAGAGCAAGAGCCGUCCAUUCCCAGCACACAGGCCUUGCCCUCCAAUCCCCUGCGGUUACGCAAGCUGGAAAAUUAUCAUUGAAACUGACCUUCAGUGGGCUGCCCUGUCCGGUUUCAUUUGCUUCUUUCUUAAAUUUAACAGAUUAGCUCCUCGGUUAAAAGGAAAAUAAGCAUAUUUUCCUGUCUUGUUGUAUAUGUGAAUAUGCUGUACAAACAUGCAUCUCUCGUGGUUACUGUUUUGUCAAUGGACUGUGCCAACUCCUUUUCCAGCUGAUAUGUUUGUAAAUACUUGUUAUUGCCUGGGAGUCUUAAAUCUGCAGGUUACGGCUGUCGCACAGGGCAUGAAUCCUACAUGUACAAUGUCAGAUUGCCUCGUUUUUGGCUGAACUGACCCUAACUGCAACUGGUUCUUCCCUGUCCCCAUCUGAAUUGAGGUCAGCGUUGUGGACCAUAAAUUGUAUUAAUGUUCAGAAGCAGUAGCUCUGAUUCACAAACUUCAGAUUUGAGCUCAUAAUACUGAAAAUGUUUAAAACUAUUAAAACAUGUCUGAGCAAGGCCACAAUAGAUGAUGUAGAUUGAUAGCAAUGCUAACAAUACUGUGAACACUCAGUGGGAAUAAAUUGUAUUGGGGGGGGGGGGUAUUCUGUUUUAUUUAAUGUCGAGACAUAACUCCUUAUUUUUACCUUAAUAAAUUCAGAAAUUCUAUUGAUGAAUUUACAAUUUGGUUGAAAUCCAUUUUUCUUCUUUAUUUUGUAAAUACUGUCUAUCCUCAGUGUGUUUUGAAACUAGACUAAACAUGUUCAUUUUGUACUAUCAUGGUUGUUAUGCAAAACUUGCCAAACUAUUUUAUGUUGCGCUGUAUACAAUUUUAUGUGUGGAUUCACGGACAUAUACGGGUGUGGUACAUCAACCCAUUGUUUCUGUGUAAACAGAGAAUGGGCAGUUGAAAUGGUCAGGUUUAAGACUGCAAUUAUGCUAAUCCUUCACUAAGGUACGUUUUGUGUUGUCUUUUGCUAGAGGAGACCUGUUAAGUACCAGCAAUAGCAACCCCCUUAUCCCAGCACGGUUUAGUCUCCUCUUCUGACAUUAAUUGCUGCUUCUGA